GUUACAUGCAAUCUGUUGGAGCAAUAGCGCUUGACAGCAGGCUAAAACGUGCUCGUCGAGGCUCAAGUCGCGAAAUUGACCGAAGCCAACAUCCUACAUAGGCGUUGUUUAUCGAUUGCCGUCAACACAGAUAUAUGCGUAGGUGUAGUUAGGCUACUGUCUGGCCUGGUAUGGCGUGUCCUGGCGAACGCGACAUUUAGAUGUUCGAGGUCGGCCCCGGCUCGAUUCAAUGCCCCCGGGUUACUCUAAUGACCUUAUGUGUGGUAUAAGAUGCUAUAGGAAAGGUAUUGGGCUGGGGACACGACCGGCCCGUAGGGCCGUGCGCGAGUGGGACCCGCUUGUUUGGGCCGGCCCCAGCUGCUGUCCCUGGCGCUCAUAGCUGAAAGCGCGAACUCUGUGUGUGCAGCAAGUCGGACCGAUAAUGUUGGGCCUGACUAUAAAAGGAUAGCCUUAGGGGCGCGUGGGGUUUGGGGCAUUUGGGUGACAGGUUGAAGCCCAUGGGCCCCGACCGACCGGGACUCGUGGAAUCCGAGUUAAUUUCGCUCCCUACCGCAACCCAACCGAGUGUUUUCAUUACUAUGUAUUUGUUAUGGUAUUUAUUAGCAUACUUCGACGUGGAUCGAGAGCGCAGUUCUGACUGUGGGAGCGCCUAGCGAGAACCCGCUGAUUGCAUUCUUUCAGACAGCAUAACCAGCAAUCAUGCCUCAAAGGCGGCAACGAGUGCCCAACAGCGCGACCCUCCCGCGGGUCCCCGAGGAGGCGCCUUUGGACUUGAUUCAGAAAGGGAGGGAGGGCGCUCAGCGCGGCAGGGGCAUGACUCCCAGCGGUGGACCAAGCUCCACAAAUCCCUCACCCGCCUCCGCCGCCUCAGCUGCUGCUGCUCCUGACAGCCAGAACCAGCAGGGCGCCCGUCGGCGCCGGCGACCCGGCGGGUUCAUGCUGGUGGUGGCGGCAGGGGUGGCGGCAGGGGUGGCGGCAGGGGUGGCGGCAGGGGUGGCGCUGACCGUCAAGCAAAUGAGCGCCACCAAGGACAUUUCCAAGUUGCUGAGCGCCACCAAGGACAUUUCCAAGUUGCUGAGCGCCAUCAAGGACAUGUCCAAGAAGCUGGACUCGCUGAGCCAGGACCAGGCCACCAUCAAGGGCCGGCUGGACAGCCUGGAGCGGAGCGCCCUGCGGCUGCCUUGGCCCCGCCGCGAGCUCACGCACGUCAGUGGCUGCAGCGCAUGAGGGCAUGGGGUGCAGGAGUACGCAUGUGCGCACGGGGAGGGCAGCCGCAGCGUGGGGAACAGAAUUGCACUGCGGCACGGGGUGGUGAGAGCGAGCGAGCACGCUGGACUGAGGCUGAGACUGGCGAGGUCAGCAGUUUAGAAGGCUGCAGCAGUGGAGUGCAUGGCAGCGGCGGCAGUGGAGGGCGUGGCGUUGAACGGGAGACACACGUCGGGGGCAGA